CCCGUCAUUCCUAUCCCUCGCGCUGGGAUGCGCCUAAAUGCUUUUCCUGCUUCCUGAUUCCGGGCCUUGGGUAUCACGCAACGCAAAAGAUGGGGUUAGCAAAUGGAUGCAUCGGGCGGUAAAGAACCGUGUAGGCAGAGACAACAGGCAAUGGGCCAAUAUGACGAUUCUCAUGAAUAUAAAGAAUGUUAGUGUUCUCGCUUUGUGUUACUUUCAUCCACCAAGGUCACAUUCAAUCAUCUACAUCAUCAACAGUGAUACACAUUAUACCUCUCCAUCUAUCAAAGUCACAAACACCAGCCAAAGAAAGAAAGAUAGAGCCACAUAGACUAGAUCGACAAAGUUCAACACCACAAAACACCCUAUAUAACUCAAUUCCACACCACCACAACCACAACCAUGCCUGCAGCAGCAAAGUCCUACCUCCCCGCCUUUGCCGCCUUCAUGGCCUUCGGCCUAACCUACACCACCAUCGUCGCCUCAAAAGAAGGCGCCGCCGUCGACGGCGCCCGCACGCGUUGGCAACAGCAACACGCACGAGCCCGAAACGCCUUGUCUGGCGGCAUGGCGGCGCUGAGCGAGAGCAAGUGAGAAAGGAAAGCGCUUGGGUUGUUUCAGCACCACAUAUAUCAAAAAAGGGGCGCUGUUUGAUCAUUCUUCUUUUUACUUUCUUGUCGAUAUUCUUGUUAGCGGUAUUUAAGGGUCAAGGGCGUUAUAGCUACUAUUAGGGUUCUAGAGUUGGAAAAAGACAAACCAAAGACUCGGAGAGGUUUUUUUUCUUCUCUUUCUCUUUCUCUUUCUCUUUUGGGUAUUCGAUGAGGUAAUGCAAUAUCAUGUUUCGUUUCAUGAUUGAAAAGAUGAGAUUGUGAAGGGGGAGAAGACGAAUGAGGUGAUGAGGUGAGAUGAGAUAAAAUUUCCGCCUGUGCUUCAUGUAUGUACAAGCAUCUUGUUCGUAUUUUAAUAACUCUUGUG